UAUUCACGUGAAGUUAGUCUCUCCAAGAUCUUUGGGGUCGAGUGUUACAAAUGUGAGAAUGAGAUAGACAGUGCCAGUAUUUGAGUAUGACACCUAUACUCCUAUAGAUAGAUAGGGUCCAUUCGUGUGAAAUGGCUUUACUCGCGAGGAACGUUUGCAAAGUAUUUUCACAGACUGCUCAAAAAGGAGCUGUGAGAUCCCUGCAUGUUGGAGUAGUGCGUUUUCAAGAAGGUGUAGUUGAGCAAGAAGGUAAGGUGAAAUGUACAUUAAUACCAGGAGAUGGAGUAGGGCCAGAAUUAGUUGUUUCGGUUCAAAAUGUUUUCAAAGCUGCAAGUGUACCAGUUGAGUUUGAACCGUAUUUUCUAUCAGAGGUAAAUCCAACUUUGAGCGCACCUCUUGAACAAGUUUCAAGUAGUAUUGCCAGGAAUAAAGUAUGCUUAAAGGGUAUCUUAGCAACACCAGAUCAUUCCCACACUGGGGAACUUCAAACACUAAACAUGAAAUUACGUAAAAGUCUAGACCUGUAUUCGAAUGUUGUUCACGUGAAGUCUUUACCUGGUGUUAAAUGCCGUCAUAAAAAUGUAGAUUGCAUUAUUAUCAGAGAACAAACUGAAGGAGAAUAUUCUGCCCUGGAACAUGAAUGUGUAAAGGGUGUGGUGGAAUGUUUGAAAAUAGUAACAGCAACCAAGAGUCAAAGGAUUGCAAAGUUUGCGUUUGAUUAUGCAUUGAAGCAUAAUCGCAAGAAAGUCACUUGUGUUCACAAAGCCAACAUCAUGAAACUUGGUGAUGGCCUCUUCUUAAGAUCAUGCCAAGAAAUUGCUAAGUUAUACCCCAGAGUUACAUUUGAAACAAUGAUUGUCGAUAAUUGUACGAUGCAAAUGGUGUCCAAUCCACACCAAUUUGAUGUAAUGGUACUGCCCAAUUUGUAUGGUAACAUUUUGGACAACCUUGCAUCUGGAUUAGUCGGUGGUGCUGGUGUGGUCGCAGGUGCCAGUUUCAGUCCUGAGUGUGUCGUCUUUGAACCAGGUGCAAGACAUACAUAUUCAGAAGCUGUUGGUAAAAACGUUGCAAAUCCUACUGCCAUGCUUCUGUGUGCUGUCAAACUCUUGCGCCACGUGAAUUUAAAUCGCUAUGCUGAACAAAUUAAAGAUGCAUUAAACCGCGUUUUAAACGAAGGAAAAGUAUUAACAAAAGAUUUAGGUGGACAAAGUUCCACAACAGAAUUUACAACUGCUGUAAUAAGUUCUCUCCGUUAAAAUGCAAUCUUGGCUGUGAAACUUAUGUAACAUAGAAUCACAUAUAGAUUAAUACUAUACUAUAUCAUCAAUGUUUAAUAUAAUCAUUGUAAAUUGAAUAGUGUAGUAUUGGUACAGAUAUUAAUUAAUUUAUCUGCUUCAAAAAUUAAAUCGAACUUGAAUAUUAUUUCAAAAUAGAAGCUCACACAUAGGUGAAGAAGGUUUGUGUCAACUGUUAAUACUGUUUGUAAAAUGAAACUGAAUUUAUAACAAUUCCAGUUAUACGAUAAUAUGUACUACUCGUACUAAAUGUACUACUCGAAUUGUACAUUAAUAAAUUAUACAACACUACCUCAU